UACCACUGCUACAGUGACAAGUGCCAAAAUAAUUUGACGACACGCAAGUUUUCUCAUCUUAUGAGUCACUGUUAAAAAGGCUGGGCCACUGGGCCUCAUACGCCGCCUGGGCCAACAGUAUACGCGACAUUGCUUUGCAUAUAAACUUUGUAUAGCAACAUUAGUAGGGCUUGCGGCUAGACUUAAACUAGGCUUUAGCCGCAAAUGUGGGAACCGCAAAUGUGACAGAAUAGACAGGAAAAUAAAACAUAUAGAGCUACAAAUACAAAUACAUGGGCAUAUUGAAUACAAAGAGGCAGCAGAAACAAGUGAAUAAACAUUAUGAAAAUCGGCAUUACUGCCAUUUCGUAAUGCUGCAGUUACAUUCAUACGAAUUAAAAAAUUAUAGUAAAAACAUAGCGUCAUCAGUUGCCGCCGGCUGCGUUGAGUUUUCCAUAAGUGCCAAACGAAGCGUGCAACCAAAAAAAUAAAAAUACAAAACAGACAAUAAAAUAAAAAUAAAAAAAUAAAUUAAGAAUGCUGCAAUCGAGUGUGCUCAGCUAUAACGUGUGUGCGCUCUAUAAGGCCAGCAGGCCAGCCUUAGAAUUAGUGCUAAAAAUAGAAGCAAGUGGGGAGUAGGCCUGGGGUAUGUCCAUAUUUUGGAGCUAGGCUUGAAAGCUUACAAGGAACUCAAUUAGCGUAGGAUUUCGAAUUUGUCAGGUCAAUGAACUGCUGCAGGUAAUUUAAAAAUUCGUGAGCCAAGUAUAACCGCUUUUGUCUCACUUAAGAGGUAUCUUUAGUAUCAAAGAAAAUUGAGCGCAGUACGUAUUGUAUAUCGAAGUCAAUGUUAGGAAACAAUCUAUUAUUAAACCGAGUAAACAGCCGAGCACUCGAAAGCAAGCUAGAGCUCAAAAGAUAAACGAGGCGUUGGUUGCCGGCGCCGUCGUCGUCGUCGUCGUCAUCGUGGGAGACAAGUAUUUCACUUUCGAGAUGUUUGUUGUGACGCGCGACUGAAGAAGAUCUUUAGUGUUGCUUAUGGCACGGAUUAGUGAGCAUAUCGUUUUCUUAUCUUAUACUCUGACAAAAUGCUUGUAAGCUUAUCAGUUGGAGUUGCGUGUAACUGUGAAAUCUUUUGCGCGAAAUUGUUUAACGUUUUAAGAUUUGUGUGCAAUUUAUAAGCAGCCUCGGCUACAGUUGCAGUGCAUGUGAUCUGAUCUGAUCUGAUCUAAUAGAUAGCUACUAUAUAUAGUAAAGUGUUUUCAACUUUUGGCAGCUCACUGUUAAUUGCUAACAGCAACACACAUAUAAUGUCAGCGACAACAGCAACGAGAGCAACAGCAACAACAAGGAAUAUAAUAAAAAAAUAGCAAACAAAGCUUGUAUUAAACGAUCUACAUAAAAGCCAUAUAAAUAAACAAAACAACAUUAACACCGUACACUUUAAAUUAACGCUAUAUAGGCAUGGAUACAAAUCUGUAUAAAAAGCCAAUGAAUCGCGCUGAAAUCGCGCAGUUUUUGUUGGAUGUGCGUGCGCACUUUCGCGCUUCACUGGAGACAUCGGAGUAUGAGAACACUUCGAAUUUGUUUCAUCUAACUGCCGCCCAGCAGACACAGGAGCUGCUGCAGCGCUGCGAAACGCUGCUGGACAACUAUGUAGACAGCGAGCAGAGUCCAGCGACAACUACAAGUGCAACGGCAACUGCAACUGCAACAAAUGGCAGCAACGAUGAGACCGGUUGCUAUCUGGAAAUGGCUGCAGGCACAGUGGAACAACCAGAACCGUCUGUGUCACUCGCUGCUACACGGGAAUACAUCGAGCUGAGCAGCCAGGGCUCGUUGCAAAGUGAUAAAACCUUUAGACAGUCGCUGGAGCCACAAGUCAGUCACUAUGACACUUGUCAGCAACAAGAGCAGCCAAUGCAGCAGCAGCAGCAACAACAGCAGCAGCAGCAGCUGGAGGAUGAGGAGCAGGAGACGCAGCAAGUGUUCACCCAUGAGCUGUUUAUCAAUUGCCCCUAUGCCGAGCUGCCCGCUGGCCAUUUAGUGCUGCAACGUUCCACCAAAUUCGGCCAAUUGCAGCGCAUUGAGAAACGCUUGUUCUUCGAUCAGAGCAAAAAGUAUUAUUGUGGCAUACUCAACGACUGGAUGCUCUGCUAUGCAGACGGACCCACCGCCUGCCGCCCCAGCAGCAGUCUCUAUCUGAAAAGCUCCGCCAUUGAAAUCGAGCACUUCGGCGAGGGCAAGCGACGUGAAAUCUGCUUUCAGAUCACAACCGCCGAUCCCGGCAAGAAGUUUGUCUAUCAGGCCAACAACGAGGUGGAUGCCAAAGAGUGGAUACAUGCUAUAGAGUCGGCCAUACGCGGCGACGCGCUGCUCAAGCCGAAUCGCAAGCUGCCCACGCCGCCAGUGCAAAAGCGGCACAGCUAUGUGACCCCCACGCCCAACAGCAACGACAGCAUUUACGAGGAGCCCUCGCCCAUAUAUAACUACAAUGAGUUCAGCUCGGCGGCGUCGCAAUCGCAAUCGCUGUCGUCGCCGCCGCGUCUGCCCGAGAAGAACAACAGUCCCAGCGCGCUGGCCAGGCGCUUCGAAUACGAUAUACCAAAAUGUCCGGCGCAGCCUUUGGCAGAGCAGCAGCAGCUGGAAACAUCAGAGCUUAUACAGCCGCAGACGCAGCUGGAUUUCCAGGCGAAGGUCAAGAGCGUGCACAGCGAGCUCUCUAGUCAACUCUGCAGUGCGCAGGAGCGGCUCAAGCAGAGCCCCAAAAAGUGCUACGACUCGAGUGAGCAGAAGAAGCAGCGCAAGUCGCCGCAGCUAACGCCCAGCAAGGAUAAGGAGUCGGAUAAGUUGGCGCGCAGUUGGUUUCUAGGUCGCCUUAAGUCCGGCACCGGCGUAAGCAGCAGCGCCGGCGCUGGCGCUCGCAAUGCUGCCAAUGUCAAUAGCAGCAGCAGCCUCAAUGCCAAUGCCAAAUGCAAGAUAAGCGAAAAGGAGAAUCUACUCAAUGGGCUGGAUCUGUGCGAUGGCAAGGAGGAUACGCAAAGCAGCAGCAGCAAUCCGACCUCACCCUGCCUGAAGUCCGAUGCCAAGAGCAAGGUCAACAUGAUUAUCAAUCAAUUCGAAAGCAGUGGCCAUCUGUCCACCAUGUUCAGCGUGGAGGCGCUGGCGGCCAAUGCGCUCGCCUCGCUCACCUCCUUCUGCGAGAGCGACAACUGCAACAACUACGAGCCCAUCAGUCUGCUCAAGAAGGUCUAGAGCUUAAGCUUAAAAUAUAGCUAUAUAUAUAAGAUUAAGUUGACAUAAAAUUUGUGUUUAAUAUCAAAAGAAACAGUAGUAGUAGCGCUCUGUUAAUAAUAUACAUAUACAUAAAACUAUGUAAAAAAGGAGUUAGUCGCAUGCGGAG